UCAUACUCUGAUUGAUUAUAUGAUUUACAACUUUUUUCUUCCUCAUGGUCGCUUCAACUGAAGAAUGAUCGUUCGCUUUCAAUUGAUCUUACUUAUGAUCACAUCAAAGGGGUCCUCAUGAACAUACUUGCAGCAGGUACAGAUACCACUGCAGCCACAUCAGUUUGGGCUAUGACAGCCCUAGUAAAAAACCCUAGAGUAAUGAAGAAAGUUCAAGAAGAAGUUAGAAAUGUGGGGGGAACAAAAGAUUUCUUAGAUGAAGAUGAUAUUCAAAAACUUCCCUAUUUCAAGGCAAUGAUAAAAGAGACGUUGAGAUUGCACCUACCAAGUCAACUACUUAUACCAAGAGAAUCAACUGAAGAGUGCAUUGUAGAUGGCUACCGAAUUCCAGCCAAGACAAUUGUGUAUGUGAAUGCUUGGGUUAUUCAAAGAGACCCUGAAGUUUGGAAAAAUCCCGAAGAAUUUUGUCCUGAAAGAUUCUUAGAUAGUGCUAUAGAUUUUCGUGGACAAGAUUUCGAAUUAAUUCCUUUUGGUGCAGGUCGUAGAAUUUGCCCAGGUAUACCUAUGGCGGCUGUGAUAUUAGAACUUGUCCUUGCUAAUCUUCUGCAUUCCUUUGAUUGGAAAUUGCCGCAAGGGAUGGUAAAGGAAGACAUUGAUGUUGAAGUAUUGCCGGGAAUUACCCAACACAAGAAGAAUCAUCUUUGUCUUCGUGCCAAGACCAGGAGCCAUAUAUUAAUGCUAGAAGGAACCAGUUGUGAUGAAAAUAAUUAGUAAUGUAUCUUCUUCCAUUUAAUUUGCUAUUUUUUUCUUCCACUUAGUGGAGUUAUUAGAACCUUGACAUGGGUUUUAAUGUCUAAAGCAUGAUGUUUCUUGAUGAUCUUGUAAUUUUACAUCAAUGUUGAUGAAUGUGUACUUAUAAAAGCACUUUAACAAGGGAGUUUUUUUUUUUCUUUUUUCU